AGCGUUUUGUGGAGAUUUCCAGCAGAUUGCCAGCAGAAAAAAGAUACAAUGACUUCCAUAGACGACCUGGACCUUCCUCGUUCCAUCAUUGGGAGAGUGAUAAAAAAUGCGCUACCCGAAGGAGCGCAGGUCCAAAAAGAUGCAAAGGCAGCAAUGACCAAGGCGUGCACUGUAUUUAUCAACUAUCUGACUGCCACGGCUCUUGAUGUGACAAAACACAGUGAUCGUAAAUCGAUCAGUGCAAACGACAUAUUUAGAGCAUUGGCGAUCCUUGAAUUUGAUCAGUUUUUGCCAAUGAUUAAAGUUGCCGUUGAAGAAUUUCAGCAAAAAGCUAAAGAAAAGCGUCAAGAGUACAAACGAAAUUUCAAAGAAAAGCACCGUGUGUCCAAUGCGGCUACAGGGUCGGCGGACGAGAAGGGUGACGCUGGCUAUGAAGGUGACACCUCGAUGGCAGUGGACGAGCCAGUGAAAUGCGAAGGGGUGGAAGGCUCUGGAUCGAUACCGCAUAAGCGGAAAUCGAACGCUGGGACAAUAGGAUCAAUAAAACGGCCAAAGUUACCAAAAGGAGAAGGAGGAGUGGAAGACGGGUCUGAUCAUGGUUCGGAUCAGGAAACGGUAACGGAUCAGGAGGGGCAAAGAGACGGAUCGGAUCAAGAGGAUGCUGAGAGCAGUGCUGGUGGACAAAUGGACUCCGCCUGAGUCCGCACUAUGUCGUAUAUAACUGUAAUAUAUAUCCAAAAGCAGA